AUAAACACAAAUUAAGUAAAGAGAUACACUUGAAUGAUAUCGUGUCUAUUGAAUUUUUAUAAAUAAAGUGAAUGUAAUGUUGUAUAUUUAAUUUUGUAAGUCGUCAAUGCAUACACUAUGGAAAACGAAACGGCUCUCCUCAGGAAAGUACUAACAGACUAUGCGAUAGGAGUGCGGCCAUCGAAGCAGGUCAACGUUACUUGUAACAUGAGGCUUGAAAACAUCCUCAAACUGGACAUCGUGGAACAAACACUCUCUGUGAUGGCUACGCUCUUUGUGACCUGGAAAGACAACAGACUGUCGUGGAAUCCUGGCAAAUGGAAAGGGCUUAGUGUAAUAUACCCAAGGAACAUUGACAUUUGGAAACCGGUCAUUGUCCAUGCAAACUCGGCUGUUGGAAUUUCAGUACUGGGUGAUGAUAGUAGCAAGAUGAGCAUCCCCGUGGCUGUUGCACUAUCUGGUGAUGUUUUCUGGCUGGCUCCCGUGUAUUUAGUAUCGUUUUGUACAAUUGAUGUCUCGAAUUUUCCAUUCGAUACACAAACAUGUGAUAUAGAGUUCUCAACGUUGAUGUUGGACGAAAACGUUGUUUCUCUGAGGCAUUUCAGAGAGGAUAUCGCUAUGGAUGAGUUCACGGAGAAUGGCGAGUUUGUGAUCGAGAGCACGACCACGCUCAAGAAGGACAAGCUUCAACUAAGGACCGCAAAUGUCAAGGCACUUGUCUUCCGUCUUGUCCUGCGUCGCCGGGCAAUGUACCAUAUUGUUAACUUGGUAAUUCCCGUCGCACUUCUUCAGGCUUUGGGAGUACUAGCAUUCAAGAUACCGGCCAGUUGUGGAGAGAAACUGACCUUUUCACUUACCAUGCUGCUGACAGUUACCGUUCUGAUGACCAUGGUCAGUGCGAUAAUUCCAACAACGUCUCUGCAGGUCUCCAUAUUCAGUAUUUAUCUGCUGUGUGGGGCGGUUGCAAGCGCUCUAGAGGUCGUUAUCACCGUUGUUGUCCUCUACCUUCACAGCCAUGGUGACAAGCAGCUGCCUGCUUUCGCCUGCUUUUCAAAGCAAUCAAAGGUUAUGUGCUCAACGUCGAUAAGUCCGUCACUUGACAACACAUGUACAACAGUGGAAUCACUCGAUGGUUGCGAAUUUCUCAUGGGUCAACACAUCAACCCCUCAUCAAAAUCACUUAAAAAUACCGAAGAUACCAAAUCGUUGAAUGAUUGUGAGAUGACAGGAAAUUUGAAAGACAAAACUAUCUUGAUAAUAAAUGAAAAUGUUAUAUCUUGUUCGAACAAUGUAAAUAAUAAACAGAAUGAGUUUUCGCCUAAAUCUAGGACAGGGAGAACGUAUGAAGAAUUUGCAAAGAAUAUCGACAAUGUUUGUUUUAUCUUGUUUAUGAUUGUUUUACCUUGUUACUCGUUUGCUUGUCUUUUCAUCGUUGUACUUUAAUUUUAUUCAACAGCAUUUAUCAAAUGUAGUGUGCAUUUAUGUAAACGUCAUUAUUUGCCCAGCAACAUAAAAUAAUUUGAUUUCGGAAUUUGCAUGUUUACAGAGAGUAUAUAGUUUUUAUGAGCACCUUGAAUUACGU